AUGUCUAGAGCUUUCUCUACUGCUCGUCAACACUUGACGAGAUGGUUAGGGUACAGCAAGGAUUUACUCCCUGCGGAGUGGAAGGCGGCCGCAGAGCGCUAUGAGACAGGAGGUGCGGUAAAGUUGGAGAAAUCGAGUCCAUCGAAAUUCUGUAAAUGCACCAGUGAUUCUUUUUUGGGUUGGUUCCUAGCUUACAAACAAUUCUCAAGGCAUCGCAACGAUGGCAGUAGCCCCAUUCACCAGUCUCAUUUCAACCGGGCUGAUAAGGCCAAGAUCCUUAGUGUUAGAGUCACGCCUGUCGGCGGUCGACCUCGCACCCAUCAUAUUUAUAUAGAUGGUACAGGCACCUUGAGGCAAGGUGAUAUUCGCCAGUAUUCAACUUCCACACGAAGAGCUUGA